AUGUCGUUCGCCUCGAGGAGGUCGGUCCAGGUCAACCAUCGCCUGAGCAGUGUGCAGAACGCCGACAGGAGGAGCCGUGCCGGUUCUGCUGCCGCCGGACGGUUCGCGGUGAGCCACGACGAUGCCUACACCUACGCCCUCCGAGUCGCAUACCUCCACUACCUCCUCCAACCCAAGGCGAAACGAAAGCAAUGGGUUCCCGCCCCCAAGCCGCCGCCGCGGUCCCAUACCUCCAAUAUCGGAGACCUGGUCAAGGAAUUCAUCCCGGGCAACUCUACCAACGUCAAGCUUCCCCACGGCUUUCGCGGCCCGCUGGAGAAGCGGAUGGAACGCGUCAUUAUGGGUGCCGAACGAUUGCCCGGUUACAAUGAUGCCAACGUCAAGAAGACCUUCGCGCAGGCCUACACAGCCUUCACCGAGCAGGCCUUCCGGAGGAACGUUGAUAAGGAACGCAAGUUUGAGCCGAUGGUGUUGAUCUUCUACUCGGCUGCCACCAAGGCCUGCGGCCUCGGCCACGAGCGAAAUGACGACUCUUGGAAACUUCUCGUGGACAGGCACGUCGCCCUUUUCCUCAGGCUCGUUACCAGCAUACUACGCGACCACGGCCACGAGCGAGACAGGGCGGAACUCAUAACCCAGCUGAGCACGUUGGAGAACAAGCUCCUCACCAACGACCAGAAUCUCUUCAUCGAUACAGGCCAGGAAUCUGGCAAUACCGUCGAGGUGGUCGUGCCGCUUAGCUACGACGUCAAGGACAUGCCUAUGGUCCAAACCGUGGCUAUGAUCUUCGGCCUAUCCCAUUCGGAUGUCCAAAAUCACAUCGACGCCCAGCGGCAAAACUGGACCGAGGAGGCUGCCCUCAAGGACCUCAAGUCCUACCAGCAUCGCUUGAAUUCCAACAUGAGCGGCGCCCUGGGAAGCCAUGACUUCGACAUCGACGAGGCUUAUCAGGAAUGGAAGAAAGCAGAGGCCCCUUUUCUUUCGCAGAUGAUGAUGGAGGUCUUGACGGCUCGGCCGGAGCUAGCAAGGCGAUCGACGGCUUUCAGCGCGGCUGAUAAAGCAUUGCCCUUGAGCCCCUCGUCGCCCUACUCGGACGACAGGGCAUUUGCAGACCUAGGCAGAGCAUUGUCCAAUUCAGACAGGACAUCCAUGUACGGCAUUGACCACGCCCUGAGUCUCGGGUCCAUGUCGCUCGAAGAUACUAGCAGCAUCCGGACGAUUGACGAGCCGAAUUACACGUUCAUCCCCACCGACCCCCGCGAGUUCUUGAAGGUCAUCGCCAAAUAUGCCCUUGAGUUCGAUGCGAUGCGCAAUGAUGGUGGCGAGGAAUCUAGCCUGUUCUCGAAGCAAUCGAUGGAGCUCCUCACAGAACUCUGCGUUCGCUGGCGGAUUCCCCAAUUUACUCGGCUCGUUGUCUUCCUCGAGGUUGCAGCUCGCAGGUUUGCUGACACUCUGUUCACCGUCAUUGAUCUGGAUAAUGCCUUUGAACUAGUGAAGAACCCGCAGCCCGAAGUCAAGAAGCUGCCUCACAUCUACCUCUUCAACGAAACUCUUGCAACGAUAGAUAGGAGUAAAUGGACGGUGGCAGACUUCACUGUGUAUCAACAGACCCUGUACACACUAAACGAGGCGCUCCUGCGCGACCUUUACGAUACUCUAAUGCAUUGUUACGAACCAAAGCCUCCGUCAGCCGGGCCGGCGGUGCACGUGCUACAGAAUCAUAUUUUUAACGAUCCCAACUUCACCAGAAAAGAAGAUGAUGCGGUAGAAUACACCCGCCUCCUCGAGAGCGGCCUCAGGGAACAAGCCGCCCUGGUGUACCGUGGGUUCCUCGACGUCGAGGUCCCCCAGAACCAACAGGACUGGGAUUUCAGCCAUGUAGUUCAGCUGGGUAAAUCUGUCGUGAAAUUGUGCGAGAGGAUACAGAAGCGUUACAAGAGAAACCCGGAGAUCAUGGGCGUGAACCCCUUGACUGUUCUUGUGGACACGAUGUUUCCCAAUUUCGAAGACGACGCACACGACCUGGUGAAGAGGAUCGUACAAGUUGCCAAAGACAGGGGGCAAGAAAUUGCCCUGCAGGAUGGCUUCGACCUAUACAAGGAACUUGUGGAAAUCCGGCGUAUUCACAGGUCAUCCCUCCCGGAGCGCCCCUUUACGUUCGAUGUAGAAGAACUCCUCAUCGACUUUGUCUGGCGCUGGAUCGAAAAUGCCGAGGCGCGGGCAGAAGAGUUCGUCGAUAGUGCCAUCAAGCAGGAUCCAUUCCAAGUACGAGGCAACGGACCGGGUCACAUAUCUCUGGAUUCGGAACGUCACAGCCAUUCAAUUAUCGACAUGUUCCAGCUGUUCCACCAGACCGCCGAUCAGGUGUUCCAAUUGGAGUGGGACAACGAUAUCCAUCAUGCUCGGUUCAUGACAGCGCUAUCGAAAAUAUUCGCCAACAGCAUCGCUCGAUACUGCGAGAUCGUGGACCAACAAUUCGUGAAGGAGAUGGAUACACCGAGACCUAACGAGAAGGAGGCGGUGGCAGCGGCCCAGACAACGCAAGGAAGAUUUAUGCAAUACGCCAAGGACGCUUGGAAUGCCAAAGAGAAGAUCGAGCCGUUUCAGUUUUAUCCGGAGUCCUUGGUGAAGUUCAACAAUAUCGAAUGGGCUAUGCAGGAGCUCGACAAGCUUGAGAAGUCCAUGAAUGUGGAUGCUUGUGCCGCGAUCCUCGAAAAGGCCGAUGGUCCUAAGAAGCAGGUUAGACGCCCCGCAAAGUAUGUGUUUACUAUCAAGGUUGUCGAGGCGGAAGAGAUCAAGGCAUGCGAUCCAAACGGAACGAGUGACCCCUACGUGGUACUCGUGGACGAGUACCAGAAGCGUCUGCACAAGACGCGAAUCGUAAUGAGGACCCUCAAUCCCCGGUGGGAUGAGUCUGUCGAUGUCACGGUUUCAGGGCCGCUUAAUGUAGUGGCGACGAUCUGGGAUUACGACACCUUUGGAGAUCACGACUUUGUCGGCAGGACCUCGCUGAAGCUCGACCCCAUACACUUCAGCGACUACUUGCCCAGGGAGUUUUGGCUAGAUCUCGAUACGCAGGGGAGGAUCCUCUUGCGGGUAAGCAUGGAAGGGGAACGCGACGAUAUCCAAUUCUAUUUUGGAAAAGCAUUUCGACACCUCAAAAGGACUGAGCGCGACAUGGUCCGCAAGAUCACUGACAAGCUUACGCAGCAUAUCAACGCGUCACUCUCCUACGAUGCUUUAAAAACCCUCCUUGGGCGCAACCUCGCGUCCCAGGUGAAUUCGUUCUUCAAGCGUUCGUCAACGAUCCCGCAAGUCACGGAGGCCGAAAUCGAAAACGCAUUGCAGGCCCUCUUUACCUACUUCAACGAGAAUUUCGCCACAAUGAAGGAGACACUGACUGAUGCAACCAUGGUUGCAGUCAUGACACGCCUGUGGAAGGAAGUGCUCAUGGCCAUCGAGUCUCUCCUCGUGCCGCCGUUGUCAGAGAAGCCGUCCAACCAGCGGCCGCUCAGCCAGCGCGAGCUCGACGUCGUCUACAAAUGGCUGCAGCUCCUAUUCGAUUUCUUCAACGCGCGAGACGAGGACGGUGAAGUGCUUGGCGUUCCCGCAGAGGUCCUCAGAUCGCCUAAGUAUCACGAGCUCGCCUCUCUCAACUUCUUCUACUUCGAUAGCACCGAGAACCUGAUCCGGACAUCGGAGCGCAUGGCCGCGGCGACGGCGCAGCGCGAGCAGCAGCAGAUGCAGGGGCAUCUGAGCGCGAACCGGCUGUCGGCGCCCGCGUCGCUAGGCGCGGCGUCACUGAACGUCCCGCGCCCGGGGCCAGCGUUCGCGAGCAUGGGGACGAUCCGCCGCGGCAAGAGCAUCAUGAUGAGCCGGAACCUCGGCACGAUGCGGCGCGCCAAGGAGGAGCGGCGCAAGGAGGCCCAGGCCGACCCAUCGGAUGACAUGAUCCUGCGCAUCCUGCGCAUGCGGCCCGAGGCCGUCGGGUACCUCAAGGAGCGGCACCGACAGAAGGAGCGCAUGGCCGCCGCCGCCGCCGCCGCUCUUAUCGUCCGCCAGAGCGUCACGCAGGGCUGGAACUCAGGCGCCGGCGCCGGGUUCGGCAGGGGCGGAGUCCCGCGCCGCUGA